AAGUACGAUCGGAUGCUCUUGAAUCUUUAAUCCCUAAACUAGUAAACUAAAACCCUAAAACCCAUUUCCCCUCUUUCAUCAUAAAACCUUAAAACCCUGAACUAUCAAUCCAAAAAUACACUAAUUAACGGUGAAAGGUUUGGUUAAAGAUGCAGCACGACGAGGUCAUAUGGCAGGUAAUCAGGCACAACCACUGCAGUUUCAUGGCCAAAAUUGAAACCGGGAAAUUCUGUAGAAACCCUUAUAAUGUGACCGGGAUUUGUAAUCGGAGCUCGUGCCCUCUCGCCAAUAGUCGCUAUGCCACCAUUCGCGACCAUGACGGAGUCUUCUAUCUUUAUAUGAAAACCAUAGAAAGAGCUCACAUGCCAAACAAAUUGUGGGAGAGAGUUAAGUUGCCCAGGAAUUAUGAGAAGGCACUUGAGAUUAUAGACAAACACCUGAUGUAUUGGCCUAAGUUUCUUUUACACAAAACAAAGCAACGAUUGACCAAGAUGACUCAAAUGCGGAUACGCAUGAGGAAGCUUGCUUUGAAAACAAGGGAGAAAAUAAUGACAACACCAAGGAAGGAGAAAAAAAGAGAGUCUAGAAGAGAAGAGAAGGCCGAAAAGGCAGCAGCACUGGAUAAGAGUAUUGAAAAAGAACUCUUGGAACGUCUUCAGCAAGGAGUUUAUGGUGACAUAUACAACUAUCCUGUUAAAGAGUAUAACAAGGUUCUUGAUAUUGAAGAGGGGCAGGCUGUGAGUGAAGAUGAAGAUGAGAUGGAACAUGAGAUAGAAUAUGUUGAGGGUUAUGAUGAACUUGAAGAGGAAGAUGAUAUAGAAGAUUUUGGUGAUAUUGCAAUUGCUCAGUCUCAUGCAGAUUACGACAAUGUUGGAAUGGAUGCAGAUGAGGAAGAGGUUGAGCCAGUUGCUGGCAAGAGAGUGAGGAAGGAAACUGCCUUGGCUUCAGGAAAGCUUGAUAAAGUUGAAUCUGGUGCAAAAUUGAAGAAGAGAGCUAGGGUGCUUGUUGAGGUUGAGCAUGAAGAUGCUGAUGAAAGACAAAAGGCUGUCCACUAAGUGCUUGUAGCAUAUUGCUUUAUUUGUUUGACCUGUAAACCGGACAAUGGCAGAGAUAUCAUUCAAAGCUCAGUCCACAGCGAGGGAAAGUUACUAAAUAGGAUGCAAUUUUGAUAGCUGCAUAUUGAUUACGGUUGAAAGAUUUUCUUAAUCUUGAUUUCCUCUAGUUUUAUUAAUUGUUAUUGGUUUCCUCUCUCUUUGGGAGAUGGGGGGCUGUACAAGAGUGCAAGAGCGGACACUUGAAGUCUUUCUGGUCCCAAUUUUUUGUUUGUCACUGCCUCUCACAAAUGAAUGAGGCAACUUGUUCUCGCACAACAGGUCUCAUAUGAAUCAGCUAUAAAUGUUAACUUGUUCUCUUAUGCUACA